AUGGCACCCCGUUACGCUAACCAGAAUCAAAACCAGCCUCCUCUCCCAUCUCCUCCCAUAUCUUCCUCGACAACAUCUCCACGACGCAGCCGCGGGAUAAGUUUUGGCGGAAAAUCAGAAAAGUCGCAUCGCUCCAGCGGUUCGAUCGGUGGGAAGAUUUCGUUGCAAGAAACGCCAGAGGAGAAGGCUAAACGGGUUUUGCAUACGAAAGCCGAUCCGACGCUCGCUAUGAAUGAAGCUCAGCCUGCGAUGGUGGCGACGCUAGAAAAGUCGAAUUUGGGCUCGUUGAGGUCGAUUCAGCAUAAAGAUCAAUAUGGCAACGUGAUAACUGAUCCUGAUUUGUCGAAUCCGACUCGUCCUCGAUUCGAGAGACCUCUUGACACUAUCCGAUCGUUUGAAGCUGCAAUUGAUGGGAGCUACCACAGCCGUCGCAUGUCAUAUGCCACUGAUGCAUCGCAAAGUCGACCAGCCAGCUAUUACGGCGGCAACGGCAACGACUACAAUCAAAACUACGGACGUCCAUCCACGUCUCGACCAGACAGCUAUGUUGACCACGGCGCAUCUGGAUCGAACGGUUAUCCCUACACCCAAGGCCGCAGUAACCGACCACGACACGGCAACACUCGUAUGAACUCGGAUUACGCUAAUGGAAAUGGAUACAAUCAACAACAACAAUUUUAUCCUAAUUCGUAUUAUCAACGAUCAAACGACAAUUUUACGGCUGGCUCCGCAAACACCGAUCAAUGGGGCAACUCAACUGACCCAAGUUCAGUGAACAGCUCGUUUGACAGAUUACAGCAACAAGCCGUGCAACAAAAACAAUAUCAGCAGCAACAGCAAGCCGAAAGCUACGGGUACAAUGGAUCUGGCGGAAAUCCGGAUGCUACUUCAUUCCAUCCACAAGACAACCACAACGGACCACCACCGCCACCUCCCCAUGGACAGUCAUACAACCAAACGAACGGCACCAUGCCCUCGAAACCAUUCAAUCCACCCUUGCCAGCUCCCGUGCGAAAGGUCACGGAGGACGAUAAAAAGUCGAAACGCGGCAGUUGGUUCAAGCGGCGAUUCAGCAAGGAUUAA